AUGAGGCAGAGAAGAUGGUUGGAAUUAAUCAACGAUUAUCAGUGCAACAUCAAGUACCACCUCGGAAAGGCCAAUGUGGUAGCUGAUGCUUUGAGUCGCAAGAGCAGAUCAGAGGAUUUGUCUAUCUUGUCGUUAGAAGAGUUCAUUCCAUUGGAUUGGGAAGAACUGAAAGACCGUCAGAAGAAAGAUAGUAAGCUUGCAAAAGUCAUCGGGAAAAUUGAGAAGUCAAAAGGACCAAAGGACUUUAGCAUCAGAGAGGAUGGAACUUUGUAUUACAAGAACCGAAGGGUCAUCCUAGCAGACCAAGGGUUUAAAGGAAAGGUAGUGAAGGAAGCUCAUAACACACCUUACACUGCUCAUCCCUGUAGUACAAAGAUGUACCACGAUCUGAAGCAGCAUUUCUAG